UUUAUUUUUUAAAUGCUACGUUUGUUUGUUUUGUUUUUUUCUUAUGUGUUCGCUUCUUUAAAUCUAUUGGUCAUUGAGUUUUUUGGCACUCGGCGGUUGUCGUGGUUUUUCCCACAUGACGUGAAGGCAGCAUCAGAUGAUGACAGCGGGUCAUCAGCAGCACACAGGCAGGUGUGGUCGGUCGGUCGGUCGGUCGGCGGGGAGACAUUCCGACCGGAGCGGUGAUCCAGACGCUUCCACCGGGACAAAACACCGUCUGCAGGGCGCGGACCUGAAACUAUGACCCACCGACGGAGCACCAGGCUCACCACAACGACCAGACAUCUUUUAAACCUGGGCUAAAGAGGCAAGAAGCGAGAGAGCCCUCCUCCUGUAAUGAAACAGGGAACGGUCGACUUUUCACCCAGCCACCAGAGGAACCGAGGAGAGAUUAAGUGGAUCAGCUUAAAGGAACCUCAGCAGAUGUACCCACUACUGAAAAAGAGGAACGCCUCAGUUUCUCACUUCUUCUUUGAAAGGGAUGGAGUUGAUGAGUGAGCGGUGGAUACGUUCAGGGCAAUAACUGGAUUUACGAUAAGCUGUCAGAGCAACAACCGCACAAUGUCACGUCCCUCAGCUUUGGCGCUUUAGAUGUGUGACUGUCGGCGCUUCGACCCCUGUGAAGACGUUGCAUUCAAUGUGGGACUGUGUCCAAAGGAGAAAGGAGGGAGUGUCCACGCUGCACUGACACAACUGUGAAUUUAAAAAUCAACGACCGAAUGUGAGAAUCUGAGUCGUUGGAGUUGGAAAUCCCCUGCAGGAGUGUCACUGGGUUGAACUGGAACUAAGGUGGAACCAUGCGAUCACGCUCAGCCGUCAAGCAUGAAUCAUAAAGCUCCUCACAUGCAUUUUGUUUUCUGCUGCUUGCUGUGGUUUCACUUUGAAACCAAAGAAAGUGAUGUGAUCGUUUGAACUGAAACUCGAGCAUGAACCCAAAAUAAAACGUGCCGAAAUUCAACUGGAAAUGUCCUCGUGUUGGCAUCGGACUGCCUGUGAUUUCUGGACAAACUCUUGUGCUGCUCUGAGCUCGUAGCAUCGGGAGGUGGAAAUAAAAACAAACACUGGGGAGACUGGGAAUAUCACCUCCUCCUAUGAGACUGAUUUUACUUGGACAUUCAGUAAAAGGUCAUCAAGAUGGCGGGGAAGGACUACAAUCAUCUCUUUAAGCUGCUCAUCAUUGGAGACUCCAAUGUGGGGAAAAGCAGCCUUCUGCUUCGCUUUGCAGACAACUCCUUCUCUGGCAGCUACAUCACAACCAUCGGCGUCGACUUUAAGAUCCGAACAGUGGACAUCGACGGAGAGCGAGUGAAGCUGCAGAUCUGGGACACAGCCGGGCAGGAGAGGUUCAGAACCAUCACAUCAACGUACUACAGAAACACACACGGUGUCAUUAUUGUUUAUGACGUGACAAAUCCAGAGUCGUUUGUAAAUGUUAAGAGGUGGUUGAAUGAGAUCUCCCAGAACUGUGACAGCGUCUGCAAGAUCCUGGUGGGAAACAAAAAUGACGACCCUGCCAGGAAGCAGGUGGAUACCCAGGAUGCUGUGCGUUUUGGGGAGUCGAUGGGAGUUCGGGUGUUCGAGACCAGUGCCAAAGAGAACAUAAAUGUAGAGGAGAUGUUCAUGGCCUUCACACACAUGGUGCUCCGGGCCAAGAAGCAGAGCCAGAACCGAGCUGAGCGGGAACGAGAGCGGGAGAAGGACACGGUCAACAUGAACGCCCAGCGAGACCGAGACCGCAGGAAGAGAGGGAAGAAGUGCUGCUGAGGCCCCGACAGACGACGGCGCCGCUCAUCGCUCAGCACUUACACAGAAAACAUUGAAACAAGAUUGGGAAACGGUGCCUUAGGACAUCAGUGUUCUGUUUCAGACAUGAAUGUUUGAAUAUUAACUGCGCCAAGUUACGACACAACUACAGGUCAGUCUGCUCUACUGAGUGUAACGCAGGCAGGGGGAUUAACAGUCUGUCAGCACUGACUGCACGUAACAGCCUGGAGGUUAAAGGAUCAUUCUGGUGUUUUUGAAUUUUUAGUCCUUUUGCUACAGAUCGUUGCUCGUUGGGCAGUGGUGCCUAAAAAUGGAGAUGUUGAUCCUUCUAAGACAUCUCUGCAACCACCUGCCGCUUUAAAAUGACUUUCAGUUGAUUCAUGCUUCCAGGAGGUUGAAUCCUAAUAUUUUACAUUAGUGCCAAUGGUUAACAUUUCCACCAGAACACAAAACGUCUGUUGAGAACGUGACCCGUUAUCCCAGCUCCCAUCUCUAAGGCUCUACGAAUGGCUAAACUAUUAGUCUUUGUUGAACUGCAAUUAACAAUCAGUCUGUCUAUAAAAAAAAUAUGAGAAAACAGUGAAAAACAUUUCCAAGAGGCCGAGGUGGUGUCAUGUUCUGUUAACUGGACUAACAGUCCAAAACCUAAAUGAAAUGGGUCGUCAAGGUUCAACCAGAACAGACUGCUGAAAAAUAAAAACUGAGCGACCAAAUCUAACGUUGAGAUGUUUCUGACCAAACACCUCGAUAUUUACCUCCUUUUUGGAUCAGUAAUCAUCAGUAGUGUGGAUAUAAUGACUAAGUGGGCACCUAAGUUAUGUGAUAAUAUCCGUAUAGUGUCAUCACCAUAAUGAUGUAACACCAGUAUCUUGCCCAGUCCUCGUGUUGUUGGUGACCUCGAGCCUUUACUUUUAAUGCAUCAAAUUACAUUUUCCACUUUAACCCAAAAAAUCUUAAAUGUAUUGAACAGGGGCCAUUAACAACUGAGCGUCUCCAUCCUCAGAGGAUGAACCUCAUCACAUUUUCUUUCAAGCCAGCUUCUCUCCGGCUGUAAAUGUGGCUAAAGUCGUCCAUAUGUUGAUGUUCCACCAGUUUUUAAUGGAGGUGUGUGACGAACACUGCAGCCUGUAGGCCUCGCUGAAAUGAAAUGUGUCAUUCUGCCACCAGUUUUUAGCUUCAUUGUGACAUCUGGCUUGAGACAAUCCAUCACACAACAUCAUGCACAGAUGAAAAGUCUCUGCAAGAAAACAGCUGCUGCUGGUGAGAUUAGAAAAACUGCAUUUAUAACUGAAAAACACAACAAUCCGCUCUGAAAUCUGGUGGUUAGAUGAGUGAGAGAUACAAAAACACUGGAAUGGACCUUUUUAACUGAGUGACUCACUGUUAUGUGCUGAUGUUUUCAUUUAAUUGUCUCGUCUUAAUACAGUUAAAGUAUGUUAUUGAAAGGGAACUGGUUAAAUGGUUAAAUUCGUUACUAAACUGUAACAGACACAUUAACCGGUGUGAUGAGUGCAGUUUAAAGUCUGUCUGCCUUAUUUUAGUUUAACGAGGCCGUAAUCCAAGACUACAGGAAGUGUUCAAGCCCGGAAUGUUCCUUAAUAGUAUGUGGUUGUUUUUUUUUUUUUUAUGUAAAUCUCUGUUGCCUAGCAAACGUGUCAAAAUCCAAAUAAAGCAAUAAAUCCAGA